CUUUGGCUUCAUUUUUGCAGUUGUUUUAAUUUCUCAAGACAUCAAAAACCAUGGUGUUAUCUAAGACAGCUUCUCAGACCGAUGUCUCGGUUCACUCCACUUUUGCCUCUCGCCAUGUCCGAAACUCACUUUCCAGGUUCAAGAUGCCUGAGGACUCCAUACCUAAAGAGGCGGCGUUUCAGAUCAUCAAUGACGAGCUCAUGCUCGAUGGAAACCCAAGGCUAAACCUUGCCUCUUUUGUUACUACCUGGAUGGAACCUGAAUGCAAUAAGCUUAUCAUGGACGCCAUUAACAAGAACUACGUUGACAUGGAUGAGUACCCUGUCACCACCGAGCUUCAGGUACAUAUACAUAUAUAUAUACAUAUACAAAUUUUCUUUCAGUUUUUCUCACAAUAUGUACUUUUGAUGCAGAAUCGUUGUGUGAACAUGAUAGCACAUUUGUUCAACGCGCCACUAGGGGACUCUGAGGCCGCCGUCGGAGUGGGAACAGUCGGGUCGUCGGAGGCGAUCAUGUUGGCUGGUCUAGCUUUCAAGAGAAAGUGGCAGAACAAGCGUAAGGCACAAGGCAAACCUUACGAUAAGCCCAACAUCGUGACCGGAGCCAAUGUUCAAGUGUGCUGGGAGAAAUUCGCCAGGUACUUUGAGGUAGAGCUCAAGGAAGUCAAGCUGAGGGAAGGCUACUAUGUGAUGGAUCCCAUCAAGGCUGUCGAAAUGGUCGACGAAAAUACCAUCUGCGUAGCGGCGAUCUUAGGCUCGACCCUUAACGGAGAAUUCGAAGACGUCAAGCUUCUAAAUGAUCUCUUGGUGGAGAAAAACAAGGAAACCAGAUGGGAUACGCCAAUUCAUGUAGAUGCAGCUAGUGGUGGGUUCAUUGCACCAUUCUUGUACCCUGAGCUUGAAUGGGACUUUAGGCUACCACUUGUGAAGAGUAUUAAUGUUAGUGGCCAUAAAUAUGGGCUUGUUUAUGCUGGGAUCGGUUGGGUUAUCUGGAGAAGCAAGGAGGACUUGCCUGAAGAACUUAUUUUCCACAUUAACUACCUUGGUGCUGAUCAACCCACUUUCACUCUCAAUUUCUCCAAAGGUUCCAGCCAAGUCAUUGCUCAGUACUACCAACUGAUUCGAUUGGGUCACGAGGGAUACAAGAAUGUGAUGGAGAAUUGCCAUGAAAAUGUCAUGGUCCUUAAACAAGGAUUGGAGAAAACAGGACGUUUCGACAUCGUGUCAAAGGACGACGGGGUGCCCUUGGUGGCCUUUUCUCUAAAGGACAACAAACGGCACGACGAGUUCAAGAUAUCGGAGAUGUUGCGUCGAUAUGGUUGGAUCGUGCCGGCAUACACCAUGCCGGCGGAUGCUCAGCAUGUCACCGUGCUCCGUGUCGUCAUCAGGGAAGACUUCUCUCGCACGUUGGCCGAGCGGCUUGUGCUUGACAUCCAAAAAGUGGUCCAUGAGCUCGACGACCUCCCCGCCAAGCUCAAUGCCAAGCAGGAACAAUGCAAAAAUGGCAGUAUGAAGAAGACUGCCAUUGAGACACAGAGGGAAAUCACUGCCUACUGGAAGAAAUAUGUAACCCAGAGGAAAACUAACAAAACCCAGAUUUGUUAGAACUUUGUUCAAACACUAUUACACAAAAUUUUCAUCUCAAAAUCUUUUUAUUUCCUUUAACUUUUAGU